AUUGAAGAAAUAGUAUGCCAUGUCAUGCACAUGGGGAUUUCUGUGAGUAGGUUUGUGCUGCGACGCUAUCUAGAACAUUUCUCAUCAGUUUCUCUUGUUAUUGAAAAUGAAAUUUCAGAAGCCUAAAAACUACAAGUCCCACAAUGCAACGGAACCAUUCGAUCUUGUACUCGGGGAAAGUACGGAACUGUCUAAAUGCACUUUCAUUUUCGCUUUUUAUGCUGACUAACUAGACGACAUGGCUUCGCUGGGUAUUCAUCUCGAGUCGAAGAAACAGGUAGAUGACUUCUGCCAAAAACUCACAAAGGAGGCCGAAGAGCUGGUUUCCAAAUAUUUCCCCCAGAAGAUUGAAGAGCUGCAGAUGUUGUUGAAGACAUCUUUCAGCUGUGAAGACCUGGCAUCCCUGAAGGCUCCGCUGGACAUCCCAAUCCCAGACCCAGUUAAAGAGGAGGCCAAACGCAAGAAGAAGGAGGAGAAGGAGGCGAAGGAGGGGAAGGAGGGGAAGAAAGACAAGGACAGCGAUAAAGAGGAUGAAGAUUCAGGGCCUCCUUGUGGUCCCAUCUGCAGCAACGAGCGAGUGGAGAGUCUCCUGCAGGAGGUCAAGCCGCAGAUCCAGACACUGAAGGAGAAGCUCAACACAGUGUCAAUGUGGGUGCAACUCCAAAUCCCUAGAAUUGAAGAUGGUAACAACUUUGGAGUGGCUGUCCAGGAGAAAGUGUUUGAGCUGCUGACCAACACACGCACCAAGAUCGAAGGGUUCCAAACUCAGAUUUCAAAGUAUUACAAUGAGAGAGGCGAUGCUGUGGCCAAAGCUUCCAAACAAACCCACGUGGGAGACUACAGACAGCUGGUUCACGAGCUGGACCAGUAUCAGUACUGUGAGCUCCGCCUCGUGGUCCUGGACAUCUGCAACACAUAUGCUGUGCUGUUUGACAUCAUUAACAAGAACUAUGACAAGAUUAAGAAGCCCAGAGGAGACGGCAAGGCUCUCAUCUACUGAGACUCCAGCACACUCGCAGGCUUUCUAACAAGAUACAACUAGUGUAGUAUGACACUCAUGUAACAAUACACCCGCUUUGACAAAGAUGUCUUCUUUUUCUUAAUGUGGAUUCAUUUUGGUUCACAUAACAAAAUAAAGCAACACGAUUCCGAUA